GAUGGGGGGUGGAUAAUGGGGAUGGCUUGUGCUUGUGUUGUGACGACGUAUCAGUAGGUAUCAUAUGAGUGUGUCGUGUUCUCUCUUUUUCUCUCGCGCUUUUAAAUAUCAAGUUCACCUGUCAGGCUGUCAGUGACCAGCAGUGACUCAGUGCUCAUACGUUUGUAAUGCGGUGUUUUAGUGUUGUUAAGUAAUGUUUCUAAGUAAAUAAGUAGGUACGUAACAAUCAGCAAGCUAUGAAGUUUAUAGAUUGAUUGAAAUUCGUAAUUCUCAUUUGGUAACCAAAGAUAAUUGAACAGGUGGUGCUCCAACUUGAGUAUUUUUUUUGUUAUUUGAAAAAAAUUUAAUGCCAGAUACUUUAGCUUUUCCACGGCAAGAUGAAAUAUUUGGCAGAUAGUAAAAAAUGUUGUAGGAUUGAAGAUUUGAUAGCAACGAAUACAUAAAAUGACGAGCCCGUCACGUCAGGAGAGUGGGCCUCUGCAGGAAUGGGCCCCACUGACAACAUUGUUGCAAAAGCUUCCUGCAAAACUUCAAGUAGGCCUAUUCGCGCAAGAUAUAAAUUUCACGUGCAUCGACGCUGUGGCCGAGUUUAUUGCAAUUGGCACUAAUCACAAUCUUGUGUAUUGGUUUGAUAGGAAGACUGGGAAACUUGAAACUCUUGUCUGCGAGAACUCUGGUAACGGUAUCACAUGCAUUAGAGUCGUAUCCACUGUAGAAUUCAUGGUUGCAGCUGGUAAUGAUCAAGGAAUAAUUACCAUUUUUCAAAUACCAAAGAAAAUUUCCGAUUCGUUACCUGAAUCCCUGAAACCAAGUAAAAAGCCACAGGUAGAAAGAUUUAGUAUUAAAGGUAUGCACAAGGUAACAGUAACGGCUGUAGAAUGGUCUAAGAAUGGAAUGAAGUUAUUUAGCGGUGAUCAAGACGGUUUCGUUGUUUCAACUGAAAUAAAUUUUUUUAUGCGCUCAUUCGAAUCCACCGAGCUGUUAAAUGAAAAGUAUCCAGUAGUGCAACUUAGUUACCAAAACGGACUGUUAUUGAUAUCUACUUUGUUUAGGACAAUUAUAGUUGAUAAUAAGCAGAAUAAUCAAGUCAAACAAAUUGGACAAAAAGAAAGAAAAAUGCUUGGUAAAUUUGGAGCUGUUUUUGCGAACAAUAAAAAUUAUGUUGACCCUCCAGUAAUUUAUGCAACUAGGCCUGGCUUGAGAAUUUGGCAAGCAGAUAAAACCGGCACUGUUUUAAAAACUCUUAUUUUCAAAGGAGCAGUAAAAACAGAACCAUCAAGAGUGAAUUUAUUAAAUCCUAUACCAGAGAAAUCUAAAAAAAGAAUUAAAGAAGAUGUUAAGUUUGGCAUCAUAAAACCAUUUUCGGAUAACUUAUUAGUGACCUUUAAUCAAGAUGUUAUUUAUCUUUUGAAUCCAAAUGAAAUUACUAUAACUUCAGUUGUCACUGAUCUUAGAAAAGUAACGGAUGUUGCAUGCUUUGAAGAUGAAAUUUUUGUUCUUGAAGGUGAAAGAAAUAUUUUAAGAUUGUCUUGCUAUCCCGAAAUAGAUAUUUUAGAAACAGUUCCACAUGAAUCACUAGAACAGAUAACACCGAUCGCAGAAUCAAGUAAGCCAAUAGCUUGGGGACUUUCGGAUAUCACAUCAAAAUUAAAAUCAAGCUCCAUUGUUCCUGCCAUUCCAUUUCAUAAAAUAAACCCAACAAGUAUUAUGCAGGCAACGAGCAUUUUACCACCUAUCGUUAUUGGAUUGGAUACAACUUCGAUUAUAAAUGCAGAAGAAGCGGUAGAAGUAUGUGUAGAAGUCCCACCAGUUGUUUCGAUAGAUUUAGAUACUCCCCUAGUGACUGAUAUGGAAGUGUUGAAAAAAUCAAACGAUUCCGUGAAUUUCAAAAGUUCUGCAAUAGAUCGCAAAGAUAUUUUUGAAAAAAUUAGUCAACAAGAUUUUGAAGAAGUUGUUUACACGCCUAAGAGAAAGGAAAAGUUAUCAUCACAUAAAAAAGAAAAAACUCAAUCAUUGCAGUCAGCAAAAUUGAUUACAAAUAGUGUCGUUCCAGUAAAUUCUAAACACAGUGAUGAAGACUGUGUUUCUAUUAGAAUCAAUGAAUUAUCUCAAGUUUCUGAUAGAACUGAAAGCUUUAUUUUAGAAAAUGGAAAGAAUUAUGAAAACAUAGAAAAAGCUGUCGAAAACAAAGAAAAGCUGUUGUAUAAUUAUUUAGACUUAUCAAAAUAUGAAGAUAAAAUAAGAAUGUCCAAUAUAAAUUCCCGCGCCUCCGUUGAGUCUCAGCGUAUCAAUUUUAAUCCACGCGCUGUGAUACAAUCUCAAACUACGUGUAAGAGUGAAAAUAUUAAUGAUGAACAAAAAAUUGGUGAAUCUUCAACGGAUAAAUUUCAAAAUUUAUCAGAAUACAAUAAGAAUGAAAACUUCGGAUCUGAUAUUAAAGAUUCUGCAGCCGAAUCUCACUUUAGUGGUAAUAUUUAAUUUUAUUUGUAAGGCUAAAUGUUAACACUGUCUUUAAUUUAAAUAUUUUAUUUUAAGAACUUUCUAAAGAGUUUGUCAAGUCCACGAUGCGUGAAGAGAAAAGUGACUGGAUAUUACUUGGUUAAAUGACACUUUUAGCGAAUUUGUUGUAAAAAAUCUGUACAUUGUUUACAUAUAUCAUACAAUUUUUUUAAACG